CUCCCAUCUCCAACAUCUUUCAAUUCUCUCAAUGCCUCACCAUGUCCCCGUCCCUACACCCAAAUAGCCUCUACCACACCCCUCAACUCUACCCGCCCCCAACCCACCACUACUAUGCCCCCCUUCACCCCCCGCCCUACCUUCCCACCCCUCCUCUCACUCCCCCGCUCCUACUACCUAGGCCACCACGCCGCGGGCCUCACGAAGAUGAAGACCCUCCUCGCGUCCAUCGACCUGAUCGUCGAGUGCCGUGACUACCGCGUGCCGCUGACGUCGACGAACCCGCUGUUCGAGGAGACGUUGGGGGAGCGUGCGCGGGUGGUGGUGUUGACGAAGCGGGAUUUGGGGGUGGUUGGGGGCGGGGGCAAGGUGGAGAGAGAGCGCGACCAACUCCUCCGCACCCUCCACCACCCUACGCCCGUCCUCCCCACCACCACCACCUCCCGCCCCUCCAUCCGUGCCCUCCUCUCCACCAUCCACACCCACGCCACCGCGCACGCCCGCUCCAUCGCCGGCGCCCGCGUCCUCAUCGUCGGCAUGCCCAAUGUCGGCAAAUCCUCCCUCCUCAACGCGCUGCGCAGCGUCGGCGUCGGGAAGGGGAAAGCCGCGCGCACGGGCGACCAGCCGGGUGUGACGCGGAAGGUGGGGACCGGGGUGAAGGUAAAAGGGGGGGUCGAGGAGUUUGGGGGCGGGGGGAUAUAUAUCUUGGAUACGCCCGGGGUAUUCAUCCCGUACGUCCCCGACGCGACGGCGAUGUUGAAGCUCGCGUUAUGUGGGUGUGUGAAGGACGGGAUCGUCCCAUCGGAGACGUUGGCGGACUAUCUCCUCUACCAACUCAACCUGCGCGACCCGUCGCUAUACGCGGAGUACUCGCCGCCGACGAACGACGUCGCGGUGCUGCUGGAGGGGGUGGCGCGGCGGACAGGGCGGCUGGUGAAGGGGGGGCAGGCGGAUAUGGAGGGGGCGGCGGGGUGGUUGGUGCAGCGGUGGAGGAAUGGGGUCGUGGGGCGGUUUGUGUUGGAUGAUGUGAGUGAGGAGGGGGUGAGGGCGUGGAAGGAGGGGAGGGGGCAGGAGGGGAUGAGUGGGAAUCAGUUAAGGAAGAUGGAGCGGGAGGAGCGGAGGGGAAGGGGUAGGGUGGUGGCGGGAGGAGGCUCAUGA